AUGGCUGAUGCACUAUGUGGACCGUCAAAUGCGCUUCAGAACUUCCAGAAGCAUACAUCGGUUGAUCGAACCCUUCAGCAAGAUCGGCUAUCUUCUAAACAAUCACCUACCCAGGGGUUCCGAUCCCAGAAUCCUCGAGAAGGAAUACUUGACCCGGAGUUCGCCGCAUUCGAAGCUAAUACCGCCGGUCCUGCACUGCCAGAUCUACAACACCCGGCUCAUUUUGGAGGACCAGCACAGCACUAUACUGCACAGCACCCUGUACAUCACCCGGCGAAUGCCAGUUGGGCGUCAGACUUCCAGAACUUGCAGAUCUCAGGGCCUUCGCACCCUGUAUCGCAACUACAAAGACCCAAUAUCGCACCAGCUACAGCACAUGGCGGGUGGCAAAAUGAAUUUAUGAACCAACAUCAACGAGUACCUAUGUCCCAGGCUCAGCAGAAUCCGCAAAUGCUUGGUGGCUACCAGGCAUCCUUUGCGCCCAGCUACCCGAUGUAUGGUGCCAUGAAUCAGCUGCAACCCCCGCAAGCUAUGCAGCCCGAACAACAGAAGCCUAUGGAGCAAUUUGACGAAUCGGCCUUUGAGGCUGCAUUCGACCAGGCAAGGGCGGACAUGGAGUUACAGGGGGCCGACCUCACCCGGCAAAAUACUCAGCAGACUCUGGAUAGUGAUAAAGUUGAUGCCGUGGAACCCAUCGCGCAAGAACAGAUCCGACUUGGAUCGGACCUCAUUCCUCAGAGCGACAAGGAAGAUCCUCAAACACGGGCCCGAGAUGCAGAUGAGCUUGCCCGGACCGCCGGUCAACUGCUUGAUAGCGUCCGCAAUGAACAAAGCACGAAAUUCCAACAAAGCAACUUCUUAGCCUUGAUGCGCCGAAUUCGAGAUCGGGAAGUGGAGGUUGAAGGGGAUGAGUUCCGUGAAACGGCGCAGUCUCUUCACCCAGGUGGACCAUAUUACCCGGGCCAACCCUACCCUGAUCCCGCCAUUACCCCAAGCAGUAAGGAGCCUCCCCUACCAACAGGGACCGACGUCAAACGUCUAUGA